AGGGAAGUAAGUCACUCGACUUGUCAAAUCAACACAGACCUCGGAAACCUAACAAAAUAAUACCAGAAUAGAACGUUACUGAAGAAAAUACCUUGAGACUGAAUAAUUGCUCAUCUACCAUGGCCUCUGAAAAAUGUUUUGCGAAAGGAAGCUCUGCUCCUGGCCUGGUUGCCAAAGGUCAAAUCAGGCUCUACAGUAUGAGGUUCUGCCCCUUUGCCCACAGAACCAGACUAGUGCUUCAUGCCAAGGGGAUCAAGCAUGACACUGUAAACAUUAAUUUGAAAGACAAACCUGAGUGGUUCCUUAAGAAGAACCCUCUUGGCCUGGUUCCAACAUUGGAGACUUCGAGUGGUCAGGUGAUCUACGAGUCACCAAUCACCUGUGACUACCUGGAUGAGGUUUACACAGACAAAAAGCUGCUCCCAGCUGAUCCUUUUCAGAAGGCCCAACAGAAAAUGAUGCUGGAGAAUUUCUCCAAGGUAACACCAUAUUUCUACAAGAUACCAAUGGGGAAAAAAAAUGGAGAAGACAUUUCAGUGCUGGAAGGGGAGCUGAAAGAGAAAUUUGUGAAAUUGAAUGAAGAUCUUGUCAAUAAGAAGUCCAAGUUCUUUGGUGGAAAUGCAAUCACAAUGAUCGAUUACAUGAUGUGGCCGUGGUUUGAGAGGCUGGAGAUCUUUGAGUUGAAGCACUGUCUGGAUGGUACCCCUGAGCUGAAGAAGUGGACAGAGCAUAUGUCCGAGGAUCAAACUGUCAAAGCCACCAUGUUCCCCACGGAGACCUACAAGGCAUUUUACAAGACCUACGCAGACGGAAAACCCAAUUAUGACUAUGGCCUGUAGAUAUGUGGCACUUAACCCUUGGCCGUCCAGUUACCGGAUUUUUAAAUUACUCUAAAUCUUUAUUUCUGCUCAGGUAAUUAGGAAAUUAGAUGUACAUGAUAAUACAGUUGUGCAUCUCAUAGAAAACUUUUCUGAAAGGUUAUUUCUGUCUACAAAGUCAAAUAUAUUUUCUGUUUAUUUUUCAUAUGGAACAUGUAUUGUCUGAUUACCAGUGUUUUGAAUGGACACAAUACAAUGUAGAAUGAUUAUGUAGUUUGGAACAAGUGGUAGAUCAUAACAAAUGUUGAUGGAACUAUUUGAAUAAUGUCUUAUGGUUGAUUUCGAUUAUGCAUUGUCCACACACGGCGUUUUUUUUUACAUGUAAACUAUAUGAAUAUCUUUGUGUAAUAAAGACUGCACAACUAG